AUGAAGGUGGCCCAGCAGAUCCUGUGGAACUGUCUGAUCGAAGACCCCGCCCUGGUGCUCAGGCACUUCCUGGAGAAGCUCACCGUUAGCAAUCGACAGGACGAGCUGAUGUACAUGCUGAGGAAGCUGUUGAUGAACAUCGGUGACCUUCCAGCCCAGACCUCUCACAUCCUCUUCAACUACCUGGUGGGGCUGAUUAUGUACUUUGUGCGUACUCCGUGUGAGUGGGGUAUGGAUGCCAUCUCGGCCACGCUGACCUUCCUGUGGGAGGUGGUGGGCUACGUGGAGGGGCUCUUCUUCAAGGACCUCAAACAGACCAUGAAGAAGGAGCAGUGUGAGGUCAAGCUGCUGGUCACUGCAUCCAUGCCAGGAACCAAGACCCUGGUAGUCCACGGGCAGAAUGAGUGUGACAUUCCUACCCAGUUGCCUGUACAUGAAGACACUCAGUUUGAAGCCUUGCUCAAGGAGUGUUUGGAGUUCUUCAACAUUCCCGAGUCUCGGUCGGCACACUACUUCCUCAUGGACAAGCGCUGGAACCUCAUUCACUAUUCCAAGACCUUUGUGAGGGACAUCUAUCCGUUCAGGAGGUCUGUGUCUCCCCAGCUCAACCUGGUCCACAUGCUGCCAGAGAAAGGACAGGAACUCAUUCAGAAACAGGUGUUUUCCCGUAAACUGGAGGAGGUGGGCCGUGUUCUCUUCCUCAUCUCCCUGACCCAGAACAUGCCGGCCAUCCACAAACAGUCCCAUGUGUCCAUGCUCCAAGAAGACCUGCUCCGCCUGCCCUCCUUCCCCCGCACGGCCAUCGACGGAGAGUUCUCUCUCUUCAGCGAGCCACAGGGCAAGGAGCUCUUCGGCCUGGACACUCUCCACAAAGUCCUGUGGAUCAAACUACUAGAAGAGAUGUUUCUGGGCAUGCCCAGUGAGUACCCGUGGGGGGACGAGAUCAUGCUCUUCCUGAACGUGUUCAACGGUGCCCUGCUGCUGCACCCCGAGGACAGCGCCCUCCUCAGGCAGUACACGGCUACUGCCAUCAACACGGCCGUUCACUUCAACCACCUGUUCUCCCUGAGUGGAUACCAGUGGCUCCUCCCCACCAUGUUGCAGUCCUAUGCUGACUAUGAGAGUAACCCACUGUAA